CAAAGGGAGAGAGUCUUAAAAAAAUCUUUGUAUUCUCAAUAAAUCUUUGGAGUGUACUCUCCGUACGUACAGUGAAGCGUGUGUGUAUGGAUAUAAAUUCUAGUGAACACAGAUGCAAUACAUGAUUAGGAAUACAAGAUGAUCUCUGAAAAAACUUAAAUAGUAAUAUGUGAACCUAUCGGAAUGAUCAGCAGGACGCCCAUCAGAGUUACUGUAAGGUGAACCCGUCAGAAUAAUUAACACCUUGAAUAUUUGGUGCCGAGGCAACAGGAUGCUGUGGCACUGUAGUGCGUGAUCAAAGAGAGACAGUCUGGCACCUUGAAAGGAGGAACACAAGUCAUUUGCAUGCAACACUGCGUCAUUAUGACUAUUUUCAAUAAGAGAGGGAUGGGAAAGAACGCUAAAGCCAUAAGUCAUAAAGUACCUGAGGAAUGGGAAGAAAAGGAAAGGCAUUUCCAAGGAAAGGAAGGGUAUCCGAUUCUGUGAAUGACGGCUCUCACGAGACAAUAUUUAUCAGUACUACACUUAUUGCAAACGAUAAUAAGUACUACAACUGUUGCAAGAGAUAGCAAUUGCUACAACUAUUGGAAGAGAUAGCAACUGCUAAAUAUUGUAAGAGAUAGCAGUUGCUACAACUAUUGCAAAAGAUAAUGAUGACGUGGCAAUGUAGACUGAUUAAAGAACCAACAACGGUGACAUAAAACUGAGAAGGCACUGUCCGCAUCAGGCUGAGAGCCAGCAUUACCCACAUCAGGCUGAGAGCCAGCACUGCCCAUACCUUGGCUAUUACCUCCUUAACCUCACCAGGAAUGCGUUGUGGACGGUGCCUGGCUCAUGGCUCUCACCAUGAUCAAGAAGAAAGAUUCAAAAGUAACCAAAAAGAAGGAGAGCGGGGGACCCACGCUGAUGGUGAAGAUGCUGGUGUUGCUCUGUGUGGUGAGCAGCAUGGCUCUGGUUCUCCAGCUCAACCUCACUAACCAACAGAAUCUCUUGCUCAGGAACAUCAAAGGAAUGGAGGAGCCUCGGGCAUGGUCAGCACAGAGAGCAGUACCCACCUGCCGUCCCCGCCGUCAUCUGGUAUUCCUUAAGACACACAAGUGCGGCUCCUCCACUAUACAGAACGUGUUGAUGCGCUAUGCAGACGCCCACAACCUGUCGGUGGCGCUGCCCUACUCCGGCGUCUACCUGGAUGCCGUCGCUGAAGGACAAAGCCUGAAGGUGAAGAAACUAAAGGAUUCCCCUUUCGCCCCUCCUUCAGGAAGGUACCAUUUCCUCAUCCAUCACACCAGACUCAACGUCCGAGCCAUCCAGCAGCUGACGUAUGACGACUCUGUGUGGGUAACCAUCGUGCGGGAGCCGUCAGCGGUGUUUGAGUCCAUGUUCCAUUAUUACCACCUCCACAAGUUCUAUGGCUCCACCUUUGACCACCUUAUCUGGAAGCUGGAGGGCAAUGCAGGAAGCAAGGCAAAAUUCAAGAACGCUAACAGCAGGUAUAUGGGAAGGCUGGGCAAAAACCAGAUGACCUGGGACCUGGGACUUGACGACCUGGACAUGCGACAGGAGUCAUUGCUGAAGGAAGCCAUCAGGAUCCUCGACCAGAACUUCCAUCUUGUAAUGGUGGCGGAGCGCAUGGACGAGUCUCUGGUGCUGAUGAAACACUUGCUGUGUUGGGGAGACGAUGACGUGGUGGCCAUGGCUCGAAACGUGCGCAGGGACCGUUACCGAAGCUACCUCAGCGAGCACUCGGUCAACACGCUCGAGCACUUUAACGCUGCUGACGUCAAACUUUACGCCUUCUUCAAGGAGAGGUUUGAUAAACAUAUAGAGGCCUUCGGUCGCAGUCGUAUGGAGGAGGAGGUCGCUACUCUGAGAGAACUGAGAGACAAGGUGUGGAAGGAGUGUGGGCUGAGGGAGGCGGACAUUACAACCUUCGCGAAGCGUCGCUCAUACAGUGACAAGGAGCGUCAUCUGGUGGUCCAGUACAAGACGCAUCACAAUGGCUCCACCAGGCUACGGAAAUUCUGCAAUGAUCUGAUCCGCCCCAGCACGGAGUACACACAGAAGCUACGGUGGAAGCAGUACAGCCGCUAUCACCACACCAACAACAACCCCUGGAACCUCACAUGGUCCUCCUACGGCAAGAAGAAGAAGAAGACGUCGAGGAGAGCGUCGGUCACCGGCAGGAGGAACCACGCCAAGGGAAGUCGCCCCAACAAUGAUGGGAUCUUUCUCAACCAUCCUCACAACACUCCUGCAACGAGUAUCAUAACGACUACAGAACAAGAACUAACGCCAUAAUUUAGCUGAUGUGUAUAUUGAGCUAUUUUUUUCCCGGUAGUUACGCACUAUAGGAUAUGUAUAAUACAGUACAGAUUCUGUGCAUUUCUAACGUCAUUUUGGUUGUGUUGUAGAGUAAACACGUAUACAUUUUCACAUCAUUGAUGAACCUGAACGAGCCCUUUUUGUCAGUAGACUAGUAUGCGAAAUGGGGAUAUAUAUAUUUUUGAAUGGCAAAGGAUAAAUCAUCAUACUUAGCAUGUUAAAUGUGGUCAUUUUCAUUAUUCUUACGACUGAUAUUAGUGAUUUAUUAUUAUUAUUAUUAUUAUUAUUAUUAUUAUUAAUACUUCUUUCGACAAACAGGCCAUAUCCCACCAAGGCAGGGUGUCUCAAAAAGAAAAACAAAAGUUUCUCUUUUUAACUUGAGUAAUGUAUACAGAAGGGGUUACUAGCUCUUUGCUCCCGGCAUGUUAGUCGCCUCUUACGACACACAUGGCUUACCGAGGAAGAAUUCUGUUCCACUUCCCCCGAGGUACAAUUUUAACUUCUCAGUAUUUUUAGUUAUAAAUUUUCUUUGCAAAAACUUUAAUUACUAUUAUAUAUAUCAAGUUUUUUUUAUCAUCCUAACUAUAGAAUAACCAAACUUCCUAAAAAGUCUAUAUAUGAGUGUUUGUAUGUUUGUACAUGUAUGUGUAAAUAAAAGCAUAAAACUAUAUAAAAGUCAAUAGUAUAUGUAUAUGGAGUACUUGUAGUACACACACACACACUAAAAAUCAAAACUUUUCUGUACAUUAUAUUAACUGGCAUUAUACUCUAUAAAUUGUUUUUCCUACACAACGAUAUUAACUAAUUUUAUGUCUUCGACGAUAGUAUUUCCACAAAUCAACCCGACAGUCGAUACUAAUAGCCAUUUUUUUAAAUGCAUCACAUUAGUAAUUACAGAACUACGUUAAGUUCUCAGUCUUUUGAAAACAUGAGAAGCCCAGAGAAUCUGUCUCGGAUAUAUUAGAUAAAAAGUUAUAAGCAUAACUAUAAUUUUUAAAGGGGUGGACCGGUAAACCAGUGGAAGGCCUCGGUCAGAUGACCGAAAGCUCCACUGCGGGUCAUCAUGUGACUAAAACCCACGUCAGGAAACACCUCUCCUGUUUCCUGACGAACUUGCUUAACCUGUCUCAGAUAUUACCCACGAAUUUACUAACUCGAGGAAGUAAUGUAUCUGUGCCUCCGUGUUCUAUUCACAAGUGACCCGCACUUAGGAGAGGAAACUUACAACGUUUCGAUCCAGGACUGGCCGAAAUGUCGUCAUAAGUUUCCUAAAUGAGGGUUAUCCGUGAAUUGUUCCAGCCACGGUAUUGUGACUUUCUGGAGAGUUCUCGAUAGCAACCUAGUCUAGUAUUUCCUCGGUUCUUCCUCUAUUUUUUUUGUAUUUCCAUCUUUUUCUUUAUUAUCUUUGCAUACCUAUAUUUUUGUUCGAUUCAAUGUGCUCGUGGCUCAACUGAUAGCGGCCUCAGCUCACACACCGAGGAACCGGAUUUCGAUCCCCAACGAGUGUAAAUGUUGGGCGUUUUUCUUACACUUGCUGCCUCUGUUUACCUAGCAGUAAAUAGGUAUCUGGGUGUUAUUCGACCGGUGUGGGUCGCAUUUUGGUGGAAAUAAUUAAAGGACCCCAAUGAAAGUAAGCCAGUCUGAUGACAUGGCUUUACUGGGUUAUCCUAUUACUAAUCCUCUGGGUUAAUAAUCCCAACAAAAUCUACAUAUUUUUUUAUCUAGUCUCUCUAUAUACAUAUUUGUUCUUGUAUUAUCUACAUUAUCUUUUAAAGUAUUCUAUCUAUUCCUAUAUUUUCUUGUAUUAUCUCUGCAUUCCUAUAUUUAACUUUAUUCUCUGCACCCUUAUCUUUUCUGUUAUCUCUAUUUUUUUCUGUUUCACUUGUGUCUCUAUAUUCCUAUUUUUUUUCUGUUCCGUAUGUCUUCCAGUACUUUUUUCCACCAUUCUCUGUGUAUUCUUAUAAUUUUCCUAUGCAUUCAUAUCUCUUACUGUUAUCCCUGUCUCUCUGUCCCAAGUAAAAGCCUUAUCAUUGCCUACAUUUUAUAUAUAUAUGAGAAAAUAAAAGGUUGUAGAAUCUCAUGCCAUGUAGCAAAAUAGUGGUAAGACUACAGUAAACACAUACAAAUGGCAGCUCUACACUUAGGGAGGAAUAUUAUACUGAUAUUAAUAAAAUGUGGCAAUGAG